GUAACAAAGCACAUCGACCUAAAGUGAUAUAGAAAACAAGUAACCAACUUUCCUAAAGUUUGCCUCAACUUUACACCUCCAUUUCUCCAAUCUCCAUCCUUAUAUUCUCUCUUUCCCAUUAAAAUAAAAUUCCUAUCCAUACACACGCUUGUAUCUAUACAUCAUACAGACAAAACACAUACUUAACACACACACUAGUACAUUGAAACACCCUAUAAAACAUAGUUUGGCAAUCUCACAAGAUCCCCCUUUCUGUCAUUUUUCGUUCAAAGCAAACCAAAAACUUCAUUGUUAAAACUUCAAGUUCAUAUAGGCCUAACUGAAUUCUACAUUUCUUUAGCGUUUAGAAGGAGUUCUAACCCUCUAAUCGGUGGUGCUUCAUACCCCAGAAGAACCCUCCAACAAUAGUUGUACAAACUUAUACUCAAACUUGCAUGUUUCCAUAAAUGGCAACACGUUCAUUUGUUUCUUGUUCUUGCUAUGUAGCCUUCUUUUUCUUGACGAUCUCUAAAGGGAUGGAUCUGAUCGGAUUCUCAAGUCAUGAAAAAGGAAUAUUGGGAAGUACAUUCACUUUUAAAAAUAGGUGUGAUUACAUGGUUUGGCCCGGGAUAUUAUCAAGUGCGGGCAGUACACCAUUAGAUAGCACGGGGUUCGAACUCAGCCCGGGUGAGUCACGGUCCUUACAAGCGUCACCCGGUUGGUCAGGUCGAUUUUGGGGUAGAACCGGUUGCACCUUUGACUCAAAUGGUCAAGGAAGUUGUGCAACCGCUGACUGUGGCUCCAAUCAAAUGUCAUGUAAUGGGGCCGGAGCGACCCCACCUGCAACCUUAGCCGAGUUCACAAUCGGAUCAGUAUCAGGAUCAGUAUCAGGGUCAAGCACGCUAGAUUUCUAUGAUGUAAGCCUAGUGGAUGGGUACAAUUUACCUAUGGCAGUUGAUGCUAGUGGUGGAUCGGGCGCAUGCGGUACAACAGGGUGUGUGACCGAUUUGAACCGAAUGUGUCCACCCGAAUUAAGAGUAGGAAAUGGACAAGCUUGCAAAAGUGCAUGUGAGGCUUUUGGGAAUGAGGAAUAUUGUUGUAGCGGAUCAUUUGGAUCACCCGAUACUUGUCGCCCAUCAGUGUAUUCCGAAAUAUUUAAAUCGGCAUGUCCAAGAUCGUAUAGCUAUGCGUAUGAUGAUGCCACUAGUACGUUUACAUGCAUGGGAGCGGAUUAUACAAUUACUUUUUGCCCCACAUCAACAAGUCGAAAGUCUUCAACCGAUCCAUCAACGGGAACGACAACAAAUUCACCACCGAUGAUUCCAAGAGCACCCGUUCUCGAAGAUGAACCAAACGGUUCAUCAUGGUUGCCAAGUUUCACCAUUGGAGGAUCAACAAGACAAAUUCCCGAUAAUGCCCUUGCAUUGAUACUAAUUUCUUUUAUUGUCCUUCAUUUUUUCCAAUUAUAAAAAAGAAAAUAUAUAAAAAAAUUGAAUUGUAAUCAUUUGAGCAAUUUUGUAUAGAAAAGUUCUACAAUUGCUUGACCGCAUUCAGGA